UAUGUCUGUGUUAUGACAUUUCUAACAAUUCCAAAAAAAUAUUAAAAAUUGGAUUAAUAUUUUUUACUACUUUUUAAUGAGAUGAAGUAUUCGUUCUUUUUCUAUUUCUAGUCUACGAAUUGAAAACAUAACAUAAACUUAUAGGUACUCGUUAUUAUGUAUAGAAAAAGUCGUUUAUUGCAAUAUUUCCUUAUUUUUACCUGACCCUUGUCUGAGGAUGGUUUGCAUGAAAAGGUUACAACAUAAAACAGAAACUGAAUAUUGGUCAUUAUGUUGUAUAGUACAUUUCAUGAAGUACUGAGUAUAGCUACUGAUGUUCUAAAUAAAGCUUUUAUGUUUUGGAGGACUUUAUUCGUUUUAUCAAAUGGGCCAUUGUCUUAGCUGCUUCAGAAACCAAACAAGUGCUGAUGUGGUAUCAUCACCUAAUAGAAAAAAAGAUGAGAUGACAGAUGUGGUGACCACCAAUCAAGUGCCUACAGUCAUGAUAUCUAACUACCCUCAAGCAGAACCACUGUUGCACAACAAUGAUAACAACAUAAACUGUUAUACAAACAGUAACAACUUACCAAAUGCUAACACAAUAAACUCUAUGAGUGUCCAUUGCUCUGGAGAUACAAAUGCAAUACAGAAAAUGCAUGUAAAUAAUGAGAAAAUACCCAAAUCCUUUUAUCAAAUACUACCCUCCAUUCCUCGGAGUAUGUCUUCACUCACAAGUGAAUCUCGAGCAUCUGAAUCAAGAAUCAACCAGCUGUUUGACCAGUACAGAGACAAUGUAGAAGAGGCUAUACUUGCAGAGGGCAUUGAAAACCUUUGCAAUGAUCUACAUCUUAAUCCAGAUGAUUUCAAAGUUCUUGUACUUGCAUGGAAAUUAGAUGCCAGUCAAAUGUGUAGAUUCACAAAAGAAGAGUUUGUCCAAGGGUUAAAAAACAUGAAAACAGAUUCUAUUAAAGGUAUACAGCAAAAGUUAAAUGAUAUAACAGUGGAACUAACAAGAGAUUCAGAACAAUUCAAAGAUUUGUACAGGUUUACCUUUAAGUUUGGUUUGGAUGUAAGCAGUGGACAGAGAAUACUUCCGUCUGACAUUGCCAUUGUUCUGUGGCGUCUAGUCUUUACUAAUGACGAACCUGCUAUAUUAGAAAGAUGGUUGAGCUAUCUUGAGAGUAAUCCUCAUGUCAGGGGUAUUCCCAAAGAUACUUGGUUUAUGUUUCUGAACUUUUGUGAAUUUAUUGGUGAUGAUCUUAGCAGUUAUGACGACACAGAAGCGUGGCCUAGCUUAUUUGAUGAUUUUGUUGAGUAUGAGAAUGAUCAAAUGAACCAAAAUGUAUCAAAAAAUGAAAUAAAGAUUCAAGAUUAGAUCCCUGCAAUUGCCAAAUCGUAAAUACUUUAGGUACUUAACAAAAUGAGACUGACAUAAUCUGAUAAUGAGUGCUUAGGUCAUAUAAUCAAUAUGGAAUUAUAUAUGACCUAUGUGGAUAACAAAUAGCUCACCAGAGAUUCGAAAUGGAUUCAUUGUAAAUAUUAUGCUAUUACAUUUUUUAUUAUGAGUAAAUAAGUAUUUGUGAGACCACGUACCUAUUUAAGCUUUAGUCAUACUAUACAACAUUCCAGAAAUGGAAUUAGCAAAAAUUUGUAAAUAUAUUUGGUCCUCUUACCCUGUUGCUUAAAUGCUAAUAAUUUUAGCAGCUGUGUACAAACUUACUUAGCUCUUUUGAUGCUAGAUUACUUAAUUUAAUGCUUCAUAAUUAUUAUGCAUAGUAAAUAACAACAAAAACUCUACGGCCAAGCACUUGAAAAUCGUGUUUAAAUUGAUUUUUGUCAAAUUUUAUACUUGAAAAAGGAUUCCAACAAAUAUAACAAUAAUUGUGUAACUACAUAAAUUGUUAUUGAAACUAAUGCUUUGUAUUUUCAUGAAAAGCGACAAGACUGUAAUUGGUAUAACUGUUAGUUAGUGUUGAGGCCUCAUAGCCAUAUGCAAGGCCUCACCUCAUAGCUAUAUGCAAGGAAUUCAAGCUAUGAUAUAUGAUAAUGUAGUAACUAUCGGAAAUUGAAUUAAAUUUCGUAGAUCGCUAAAUUUGUAAUCCAAUCAGGACAAAAGAUAAGUAUUUUAAAACAAUGUAUUUUGAUUGAAGAAGUUCGUAAGAUGACUACCACCAGAGAAUGUUUAUAGUUUAGGUAUAUAAUUAAAUAAAUAAAACUUUUUAAUAUUUAGCAAAUA